AUGGGCCCCUGUACCGCCUCCUCAUGCUGCUGCCAGGCCCGUAAUCUGUCAUGGGCCCCUGUACCGCCUCCUCAUGCUGCUGCCAGGUCCAGAGUGUGUCAUGGGUCCCUGUACGGCCUCCCAUUGCUGCUGUCUCCAUCCGCCACACUCUGCCAUGUGCCACUUUCAGGUCUCCUCACACUGCUGGUGGGUUCCAUUUUGUCAUAGGGUGCUGGCAGAUUACGGGCCUCCCAUUGCUGCUGCCAGGCCCGUAAUCUGCCAUGGGCCCCCGUACCGACUCCUCAUGCUGCUGGGCCCGUAAUCUGUCAUGGGCCCCUGUACCGCCUCCUCAUGCUGCUGCCAGGUCCAGAGUGUGUCAUGGGUCCCUGUACGGCCUCCCAUUGCUGCUGUCUCCAUCGCCACACUCUGCCAUGUGCCACUUUCAGGUCUCCUCACACUGCUGGUGGGUUCCAUUUUGUCAUAGGGUGCUG